AGCGGUUAGGCAACGAGGGGACGUAGCGUCACCGCGCCGGGUCUUGAGCAGCUGCCGCGGAGCCGCCGGACGGACCGCCGCCCCCGCCCGCCGCGCCAUGGCCGAGAGUGACUGGGACACCGUGACGGUGCUGCGUAAGAAGGGCCCCACAGCCGCCCAGGCCAAGUCCAAGCAGGCCAUCUUAGCAGCUCAGAGACGAGGAGAAGAUGUGGAGACUUCCAAGAAAUGGGCUGCUGGCCAGAACAAACAGCAUUCAAUCACCAAGAACACAGCCAAGCUGGACCGAGAGACAGAGGAGCUGCACCAUGACAGGGUGACUCUGGAAGUAGGCAAAGUGAUCCAGCAGGGCCGGCAGAGCAAGGGGCUCACGCAGAAGGACCUGGCCACGAAAAUCAAUGAAAAGCCGCAAGUGAUCGCAGACUAUGAGAGUGGACGGGCUAUCCCUAAUAACCAGGUUCUGGGAAAAAUCGAGAGAGCCAUUGCUGGAUAUGGACACCCUGGCGCUGCCCUGUCCCUUGAUGUUGCAGAGGGGGAAUGGCUGUGGUCAGUGGACCGAUGGCUCAUUUCAGGCCUCAAGCUCCGGGGGAAGGACAUUGGAAAGCCUAUCGAGAAGGGGCCCAGGGCAAAAUGAACACAAAGCCUCGAAAUCAGUGCGUUCCGGCUGAUCUUGUCUGGCUGGUUCCCCUCGACCACCAGUACCUACGUGGGCCUCCUCGUGCGGCUGAGCGGAACACGGGGUCAGGCUUGCCGAGCCCCUCCCCAACCCACACCUGCUGUCAAACAAACAAAACCUUGCAAA